UCCGGACGAGGAAGCAAAGGGCAAGGAGCCGAGCUCAGCUGACAGCCUGGCACUGGGCAGCACCAGCUGGACACACGGCACUCCACGCAGAAGCAGCUCCAGGAGAUACCCGAGGACAGAAGACACUUCCACCGGGGGCUUGCAGGAACAAUGGGUAACCAAAUGAGUGUUCCCCAAAGAGUGGAAGACCAAGAAAAUGACCCGGAAGCAGACACGCACAAGGUCACGCCUGGGGACGCGUGUGGUCAAAACGGCCUGCCGGUCAUCACGUCCGCCCGCACUGUUCAACUCUACGAUGAAGUCGAUCUGGGAAUCAGCAUCCAGGAGGAUAAUGUGGCCGCUUCUUCCCCCAAGACAAUGGAGACCAGCGCGGCUGCGGAGGCCAACGGCGAGAGUCUUGGGAAGGACGCCAAACCCCAGGCACCAGCUGCUAAAUCCCGUUUUUUCUUGACACUCUCUCGGCCUGUACCAGGGCGUACCGGAGACCAAGCCACGGAUUCAUCCAGUGGAUCCGUGAGGCUUGAUGUCAGCUCCGAUAAAGCUCCAGGAAACAAAGACCCGAGUGAGCCCAUGGCCCUUCCGGUGGCAGCUGCACCCGGGCAUGGCCCGGAUAAAACCCCCGGGCAGACCCCGGCCCAGGCGGAGGGCCUCCCUGCCGCCCCUGGGCCGGAGCACCCUCCGUCUGAGUCCGGGGCAGUAACCCCCGCCAAGCCCAAGGACUCCAGCUUCUUUGACAAACUCUUCAAGCUGGACAAGGGACGGGACAAAGCCCCCGUGGACCUCCCGCAGGAGGCUGAGAGCACAGAGCAUCCUCACCCGGCCGCCGAAACUCCUGGGUUAUCCACGCAGUCCGAGGAUGGCCCUGCAGAGAGGGACUUAGUUGACGGCAAGGGAAAGGGAGGACAGGAAGUCCCAACUGUGAGCCGCUCUGUCCCCGGGGACCCUGAGCAACUGGAGAUUGCAAAGGAGGACGCCCAGGCAGAGAACAGUUCCAUCAUGAGCUUCUUUAAAACCCUGGUUUCGCCUAACAAAGCUGAAACAAAAAAAGAUCCAGAAGACACGGCGUCUAAGGGAGAAAGUGUCUCUGAUGGACAAGCCGGGCAGAAGACAUCCGAGGUCCAGGCUAAAGGCGCCAAGAAAAAGCACCUGCAUAGCCCCAGGCUAGGACUCGCCUUCAGAAAAUUCUUUAGGCAUAAGGGCGAGGAAAAGUCAGCCGCCCCUUCAGCCAACCUCAAGUCAGACAAAGCCAACAUCACACUCCAGGAGCCCCAGGGGGCCGCCAAGAAUUCUACACCCACUGAAACAGCCAAGGACGGGGCCAAGGAGAAAGGGGGCCCCAGCUCUCUGCCUCUGGGCAAACUGUUCUGGAAAAAGUCAGUUAAAGAGGAUUCAGUCCCCACAGGUGCAGAGGAGAAUGUGGUGUGUGAAUCACCAGUAGAGGCUGUCAAGUCUGAGGAAGUAGAAUCAGCCUUACAAACCGCGGAUCUCGGCGAAGAAGCAGAGCGCACACCUGAGCCCGCAGAAGAAACACCGAGGAGGGAAGAACGCAAAGCCUCGAGGCCCUCCCUGAUGGCGCUCCUCAGACAGAUGUCAGUGAAAGGGGAUGGAGGGAUCACCCACUCUGAAGAAAUAAAUGCGAAAGACUCCAGCUACCAAACCUCGGACCCCACGGAGAAGGUGGUCGCUCCGCCACAGCCGGAAGCGGCAGCUGCGGGCCAGAAAGGCAAAGAGGGCCCGUCCAAGGGCAAGAAGGCAGCCGCGGAGACCAACAAGCAGAAGGGCGACAAGCAGGAAGCCAAAGAGCCGGCCCCGGGCGUGGAGCCGGCCGCCGCGGAGGCGAACUCGCUGCCGAACGGGGACAAGCCCCAGAAGAGACCCGAGAAGCGGCGGCAGUCCCUCGGGGGCUUCUUCAAGGGCCUGGGACCGAAGCGGAUGUUGGAUGCUGAAGUGCAAACAGACCCCGUGUCCAUCGGACCAGCGGGCAAAUCCAAGUAAACAAAUCUUCACGGCUCCCAUCAGGUUCCGCCACCGAGAUGUCUCCUCCCGACUCUGUCUCCCCCCAAACCCUCUCCAUCUGUAUAUUUUUUUCUUCUGAUGGCCAUCCCAUGAAAGUCUGUCUCCGAAUUAAGCCUGAGCUGUUGUAUAUUGAGGUGUAUUAUUUACGUCUCUGGUCCAGUCUUCCCUGGUAAAUAACUGUAAAGAUGGGUGAGCAGGUUAACUAGCCAGGUCUGAAGAUGGGUCCCAAGCAGGGUCGGGGAGGGGCAGAGAGGACUGCAUUCUGGUUAAGUUAUAAAAAAUGGCCAGGGGCAAGUAAGUUGCAGAAGGGAAAAGACUGCUGGAAGGAAUUAAGCUUUGUAGUCAAGGCGUGCUCAUCCUCUCGGCUUGAAGAGGAGAGGCGAAAAUCCGUUUGUUUAAGUUCACGUUUCAAGGAGGGAGACGGUGGGCUGUGUGUUGUUGGGAGGUUGCCAAUUUUCUGGAAUGGAAUGUGUGGGGAAUGACAAAGGAAUGAAUAAGAGUUGUUUUUCAAAUAGGGUCCUUGAACGUUAUUGACGAGAGGGAAAAGAUUGACUGGAGAGGACUUGACAUGAUUUGGGAAAACAAUUGCUUUUUGAGGCUCAGUGACAAGGGCGAGGAUUACAACUUCAAAAAAAAAAAAAAAAAACAACCCAAACCAAACCAAAUAAAAUACGUUGUGAGUUUACUUUUGCAACACUAGGGGGCGCCAAGGUCUCCGUUUUCCUCCUGCAUCCGUAUCCCUAACAAAGAUUUGGUCUCUGCAAUCUUACAUUAUUAAUGUUUCUCAGAUGGCUGAGGGGCUUGCUUCAUCUGUUCUGUCUGACACUUAUCUCAAGUCUGUCUGUAAUUUCCUAAUGUUCUCAGGAUGUGCUCUGAUAAAACCCUCCCAUAACCCCAGUUAAUAAUAAAAAUUUACAGAAGAUUAUUCAAA